AUGUCGAAUCCAGCUGGCUCCAGAUUCCGCGGCAACAGUCUCGGGUUGCCGUCUGUAUCCCGGUACCGGGUGGCCCACAUGCCUUCUUCUUCGGGCAUGUUCGAAACCCUAUCCGAAUCUGAUAUGGACACAUCCGAUUCGGAGGGGGAUCGUUAUGGCACACGGUACUCUCCUGAGGCCUCACCACAGGACGAUAAAAUUCCCAACGGUGUGUCCAGACACAGUGUGGGCCCCAACACAUACAGCAGUGAUGCCAGCAACAACCAAGGCACCUAUUUGGAAAGGCUUAGAGGAGGACAGGUGGCGCCUGGGUUUUCUUCCGCUGCUCGCCGUGAUUAUGCCUAUGAAGAUGAUUCAUCUGAUUCUGUCACGAGCUCGGAAGUGAACUCCACACCACCCAGGGGUAAUAACAAUAUUUUACCCGAGAGAAGGAACUUCAAUCCGGGGGCUGAUUCGUCUAGUGCCAGCAGGGAUCGUACGAGAGGGGGGCAGCAAAUCAAAUUCUCUGAUGAUGAUAUUCCGAGUGCGCCUCCACUAGCUGGCUCUUAUCAGAAUUUAAACGAAUUUUCUGGAAAAAGUGCUACUGAUAUUACCCCUCGAUUGGCAAAGUCCGAAGGCUCUGCUGAUGGGAUUGAACCUAACAAGUGCAGAAGCUCAAAGUCAGAAGUCGAAGCUUGUGAAAUAUCUGCUAGGUACAUACGUGGAUGUGCAUCUUCGAGUUCUUUGCCUGCUCGGUACCCUACGUUUCAUGCGAGUGGGCUUGGUUAUUGGUACUCUGUCCUCUCAUACGAUGCUUGUGUCCGCCUCUGUCUCCACUCCUGGGCAAAGGGUUGUAUGGAAGCUCCUCCAUUUUUGGAAAGCGAAUGUGCUCUAUUGAGGGAAGCAUUUGGGUUGAAACACGUGUUAUUGCAAUCAGAGGAGGAACUCAUGAAGAAGAAUUCUUCAGAUCUUGUCGGUGAAGGAGCUUAUGUGAAGAGUAAGAAAACCAUUGGGAAAAUUAAAGUGCAAGUUCGUAAAGUGAGAAUGGGUGUGGAGCCACCCACAGGUUGCUCAUUCACAUCAAUAAAAUCUUCAUCUAUGGUAAAGUUGGAAUCACUUCAGCUCCGGUUAUCAAAUAUGAAAUCUAUUGUGACGGCUGAGAGGAAGGCCUUACGGAGAGAUCGUAUAAUCCCCGUAAUGACUGUCAAUGGCUCUUUGUUACCGCAAAAGAUGGCAUACAUAAUUGUUGGGACACGUAGAUACUUGAAAGAAGUACCUGAGCUUAUCAAGAUCGGUUUUAGUGCUUGGCGUAGCACUUCAGCAUCCUAUGAAGUUGUGCAAGAAUCAUAUUCAUGCUUGUUGAGAUUAAAGAGCUCACCUGAGGAGGAUGCAGCAAGAAUGCAGCCAGGAUCUGGUGAAUCCCGCUUAUUCUUGCCUGAUGGAUUUGGAGAUGAUCUUAUCAUCGAAGUUCAUGAUUCGAAAGGAAAAUAUUGUGGGCAAGCUCUAGUUCAGGUUGCUGAUAUUGCUGACGAAUCGGGGGAGAAGCCUCGCCAGUGUCUUAUAUAUAGGGAACCUGAUCAUGAACAAAUUGGAAAAAUACAGUUGAGCAUAAGCUAUUCAACGACUCAUGAUGAAAAUAAUCACAAGUGUGCAUCUGUGGCGGAGACCACUGCAUACGAUUGUGUGUUAGAGACUGCAAUGAAAGUUCAACAGUUUCAGCAAAGAAACUUGUUGCUACAUGGCGCUUGGAAGUGGUUGGUCACCGAAUUUGCAUCUUAUUUUGGAGUUUCAGAUGCAUAUACAAAGCUCAGGUAUCUUUCGUAUGUGAUGGAUGUCGCCACACCAACUGCAGAUUGCCUAGAUUUGGUGCAUGAUUUAUUACAACCAGUGAUAAUCAAAGGCAAAAAUAAGCAGAGCUUAAGUCACCAGGAGGUCCGUCUACUGGGAGAGGUGUCUGAACAAAUCGAGCAGAUACUCACUUUAGUUUUUGAAAACUACAAGUCGUUGGACGAGUCUGCCCCCUCAGGAAUUGUUGACGUGUUUGGGCCUGCUACGGGGGAGGCUGCCCCUGCCCUUGCUCCUGCUUUGAAGCUUUACAAACUUCUGUAUGACAUUCUCUCGCCUGAAGUGCAGCUCAAAUUGUGCAGAUAUUUUCAGAAUGCAACAAGGAAAAGGUCUCGAAGGCACCUUUCCGAAACGGACGAAUUCGUCUCCAACAAUAAUGAAAACAUGUUGUUGGAUCCAGUGGCGCUUUCUACAGCGUACAAGAAGAUGAAGACCCUCUGCCUCAAUAUACGAAAUGAGAUUUUGACCGACAUCGAGAUUCAUAAGCAGGAUCUUCUUCCUAGUUUUAUGGAUCUCCCGAACCUGUCGUCGUCUAUCUAUAGCACAGAACUGUACAGCAGAUUACGGGCCUUCCUCGUCUCAUGCCCUCCUGCCGGGCCAUCACCACCUGUUGUAGAACUCGUGAUGGCCACCGCUGAUUUUCAGAGGGACCUCUCUUUGUGGGACGUCAGUUACAUAAAAGGUGGGGUCGAUGCGAAAGAGCUGUUCCAGGUGUAUAUAACACUGUGGAUCCAAGAUAAGCGUCUCGGUUUAUUGGAGUUGUGUAAGCCUGACAGGGUCAAAUCUGCCGGUUUUGCCAGCCAGCAUUCGACGACUCCUUUCAUUGAUGAUAUCUAUGACCGGUUGAAGGAGACUCUAUUGGAAUAUGAUGUCAUUAUCAGCCGGUGGCCGGAAUACACUUUCGCUUUGGAAAAUGCCAUAGCAGAUGUUGAGAAGGCUGUAGUGGAAAGCCUGGAGAAACAGUAUGCGGAAACUUUGUCUCCUCUGAAAGAAAGCACGAUGCCAAUGAAAUUCGGUCUCAAAUAUAUGCAGAAAUUUGCCAAGGGAAAUCCAUCUCCUUACAAUGUCUCGACUGAGUUGGGAAUCGUCUUGAAUUCCAUGAAAAGGAUGCUCGAUAUUUUGCGUCCCCAAAUAGAAUCGAAGUUGAAGCAGUGGGGCUGUAGCAUGCCCGAGACUGGGAAUAUGGUUCCCGGAGAGCGGUUGAGUGAAGUAACUGUGAUGAUAAGAUCCAAAUUCAGAGCUUAUGUGCAGGCUGUUAUCGAGAAACUUGUCGAAAACACCAAAUUACAUAAUAUUACAAAGUUAAAGAAGAUAAUCCAAGACGCGAAGGAUAAUGUGAUCGAAUCUGAGUUGAGACGAAGGAUGCAACCUCUGAAAGAGCUGUUGGGUAGUGCCAUUGAUCAAUUGCACGUUGUGUUUGAAAGCCAAGUCUUUCUAAUAGUCUGCCGUAGUUUCUGGGACCGCAUGGGACAGGACGUGCUGAAGUUUCUAGAAGAUAGGAAGGAAAACAGAUCCUUAUACAAGGCCUCACGGAUUGCAGUGACUGUUUUGGACGACACAUUUGCUUCACAAAUGCAACAGUUGCUCGGCAAUGCUCUGCAGGAGACAGAUUUAGAACCUCCGAGAUGCAUCAUGGAAGUUCGUUCUAUGCUUUGCAAAGACGUCCCGAACAAGACCAACAAUUACUACUAUUAA